CGUGUCUGCCCGGGCCCCUCCCACUUUUUCUUACCGAAGACUGCACACUUGCAAGAGACCGUGCCACGUUUUUCCAGCGUUUCUUUCACUUUUAGCACACGAGAAGAACCGUCAACAUGCCGCCACUCAACCUGGGAGAUGAGAUGCCCAACAUGACCGUCGUCACCAACGAAGGGACGAUCAAGAUGCACGAUUUUCUGGCUGAUUCCUGGGCCAUCCUGUUCUCCCACCCCCGGGACUACACCCCUGUGUGCACCACCGAGCUGGGCAGGGCCUGCACCCUGGCGCCCGAGUUCGCCAAGCGGAAGGUCAAGAUGAUUGCCCUGUCCUGCGACGACGCAGACAGCCACAAUGGCUGGAUCAAGGACGUGCAGUCCCAUGCCAACCACAAGGGGGACUUCCCGUACCAGAUCAUCGCUGACGAGAGCCGGGAGGUCGCCAAGAAGCUGGGAAUGAUCGACCCUGAUGAGUCAGCAGCUGCCGGCAUGCCUCUCACCUGCAGGGCUGUGAUGAUCUUUGGUCCUGACAAGAGGCUGAAGCUGUCCAUGCUGUACCCUGCCACUACCGGGAGGAACUUCACUGAGAUCCUGCGUGUGAUCGACUCUCUGCAGCUGACUGCUACCAAGAAGGUGGCCACUCCUGUGGACUGGACGGUGGGAAGCAAGUGCAUGGUGGUGCCAUCUGUCAAGAAGGAGGAAGAGGCCGGCCUAUUUCCCAAGGGGGUGGAGACUCUGGACGUCCCCUCCGGAAAGGGCUACCUGCGCAUGACCCCCCAGCCGGAAUAAAUGGUUUCUCCCAAAGAACCCUCAACCAUCCAAAGUUCUGGCUCGAGUCUUGUUGUCUUUUUUUCAGACAGUCUUUAAUCAUCUCUACAGCAAGGCCAUGAUCUUACAUUGCUCGAAUUAAGCGCAGAUUAUCAGCCAAAUUUCAGCUUGUUUUUGAAAUGUACAUUUAACGUUACCUUCCUCUCAAAGAUUAUCUUUAAAUAUGUGAUGCUAGUUCACCUUAAUCUGUGGGGUAACCUAGAUUCUUUGUUUUUAAAAAAAUGGGUAUUUAGAGAUUUUAGGUCAACGACCUGGGUUUCAAAUGUCAACAUUUUCAAGAUAUUGCAAUGUGAAACUACUUUCCAUCGAGUUAAGGAUCCCUAAAUACCCUAUUUUUCUAUACAACAGAUAUAGGUUACCCUACAGAUAAAGGUGAACUAAUAACGUUAGAACAAAACCAAAAGAAAAUACCUGCUAUAGCCUAACAACUAUUUUUGAUCCAGAGUAUUAGGUCUAUAUUUAAGUAUAUAACCAUUGACGAUAAUUGCCAUGGGAUUUAUGCUAGUCUAAGUAACUACAUAAGAAUAAGGGCAGAAGGUUAACAUUAUGCCAUUGGUAAUUAUAGAAUUUAGGCUUUUAGUGAUUACCUCUAGUCUAAUACCCAAAAUACUGGAAUCCCCAGAUGAUAAUCAGCUUGUUAAAAACAGCAUUAAGCAAUUGUGACCUCUAAUACUUCUACGUUUCAACACCCCUAACCCAUAGGGGGGUCAGAAGAUGUUCCAACAACCCCUGGUCGGAACAUACAAUGUCUUGUCAUCAGUGACUCCAGACUGAGUGCCUGCCAUUCUGCUAGCUAGCCAUGCUUAUACAGGAAAAGAUCCUGUAGUUAAGCUAAUAUGUAUAAUCUACAGAAUAGUGAAGGUAUAACGUCAAUCAUAAGCUCUUUAAUGUUUUUUUGCGUGAGAAUGCUCUCUGUUCCAUCUGUACUUCAGCUGUAAAAUCAUGUGAAGACUGACCUUGCAUGACCCCAAAGAGUCUCAGCUGCCAACAGAUUUAGAACUGGUCUCAUCCUGAUGUUUUCUGUCAGAGUUGGUCUCACCAUGGAGUUCUGUAUGGUCCAGAGCUUAUCAAUUAGAAUAAAGUGUUUUCAUGAAAGAUGGAAUGAAUGGAACUAACAUAGAAGUGGUCUCACCAUGAGGUUUCUAUCAGAGGUGGUAUCACAAGGACCAGAGCUUAUAACCAAGAGACUUUUUUUUCAUGAUGUUAGGAAGAAAGGGAAUAAAUGCUGUGGAACUAAAGAAAUGGAACUGGUCUCAUGUUGUCGUUUCGAUCAGUGUAUCAGCAUGACGUUUUAUGGGGCCAGAGCUUACAACUAAUAGAAUGAAUGUUGUUUAUCAAAAGAUAGAAUGGGACAAACAACUUAAGAAUAAGUAAAAGAAUAACAUCUCUACAAGAGGAUGAGUUACAGCUAGGGCUGGUUAUCGGUACAGCGUACCGGUACAAAACCGGCUUUUCUUAUUGGACCGGUCCAGAAAAACCGGACCUGAAAAAAUUAGGUGGACCGGAUGUUGGACCGAUUAGAAAAUUAACAUAUUAUUUAAGAAAAUGACAAGAGUGAAGUAGAGUAGAGUUUAUAGUAAUUUCUACCAAGGUUUACAGUCAAUCGUACAGGUGCAGUAAGCGUUGUAGGAUUUUAAAACGCCAGUGUAAGUCUAAUACUCCGCCAAACAGAUUUCUUUGUAGUGAAAUGGACAAUUGGUAUGAGUCAUACUGAAUCAGGUUCAGGUCCGGACCUGGACCUGAUCCUUUGGACCUGAACCGGACCUGGACCUGAAUUUUCUGUACCGGUACCCAGCCCUAGUUACAGCAGUACAGCUUUUUUGGCCCUUCAUCCAGGUUCUGUAAAGCAACAGCCUGAAGGUGUGUCUUCUGUUCACAUUCCAACAUGGUGGCUCUGGUUCAAAUUACAUGGAAUGACUAACAUGCUAUUAUGAUGAGUGUUCAGCUUUUUGAAAUAAAGCAAGUGUCCAUGAUUUCCACUGGA